UCCCUCCCUCUGCGUCCGUCCGCAUCGUCGCUGACUGUCACCAUGGUGAAGUUGGAGAAGAGCGGGAUCGAGGCAUGGUACAUGAAGGAUGAGGUGGAGGACCAGGUUAGAUCACCUUGGGGAAGGGCAGACACGCAAGCACAAGAGAUGCAGGGCAGACAAGCAGGCAGCGAGCAGCCAUCUGUCAGAUCUGUGCGUGUGCGCAUCUGUUUGUGUGCUCUGUUGUGUGUGCUGCAUAGCGUGCUGAGAAUCGUUGUGAUCCGAAUGAGCCCGUGGGUGUCGAGGAGCUGUCAGCACUGGGCGUGGACUCGUGGAAACUGGUACGGCGGAUGCGCAAACAAAGGGCACCUGCAGGGGCGGCGGUACACGUGUGUGUGUGUGUGUCUGUGUGUCAGAGUGGCACAGAGGAUGACAAGGAGUUGGAGCAGAUCCGCAAGGACCAAGACUACAACUACAAUGACGUCAUCACUUGCUGUUAGCUGGCCAACACGCAGACGCACACGCACACAGAGGCGCUCACGAUGCCUUUCCCUUGAUGUGUGUGGUAAUGCAGCGCCCGAGAAGCUCCCCAACUACGAGGCCAAGCUCAAGGUGAUUACACACACACAACACAACGUGCCACUUGCCCACAUCGACCCACACACAAAUACGUACGCCUCCCCUGCCCGCCUUGUUUCCAUCUGUGUGUAGACGUUUUUCGAGGAGCACAUCCACGCGGAUCCCGAGGUCCGAUAUGUGCUGGAGGGGUCGGGCUACUUCGACGUCCGCGACAAGCAGGACAGGUGGAUCCGCAUCGACUGCAAAGAGGGACACCUCAUCACACUGCCGGCCGGUGAGUGAGGGAGGGAGGAACCAGCGAGAAACGACAGAUGGCCAAUAGGCCACGCGAAAGGGUAUGUAUCUCUGUGUGUUCAGGUAUCUUCCACCGGUUCACUUUGGACAGUUCCAACUACAUCAAGGCGAUGCGGCUGUUCCAGGGCGAGCCCGUGUGGACGCCAAUCAACAGGGGUGAGGGCGCUGAGGAACACGACGCACGGAAACUAUACGAAAAGGUGCAAACAAAGCCACACACGCACACACACGCACACAACACAAAAGCCAGGUUUUGUGCCUCAUUUGUCGUGCUGUCUGUCUAUUUUGGCCAGGCCUACCAGCCGAGCAAGAAGGCCAAGAUCGAUGCAGGCGGUGAUGACAAGCCAGUCGCCAACGGGCAUGCACCUGAGGUGGCCGCUGAGGCGUGACGCAGAGGACCGACCAGACAAGCGGUCGGGAAGUAGUGUGCAGUGGCUGACUGGGUGCAUGGUGUGACUUGCUUUGGUGUUUGUGCUUCUCAUCCUUGAG